AUGGGAUUUGGAAGAGUAGAAAUUACUUUCAUUAUAUGUGAGGCAGUAUGCAUUCUUUUCUAUGGUCUGUUUACUGAGUUCAAUGUUGGUACAAGUCCAAAGACUUUAGCGUCAGAGGAGGACUCUAUCAAAACAUUCAUGCAUGAUAAGUACGCAAUGUUUUAGGACGUGCAUGUCAUGAUCUUCAUUGGAUUCGGAUUCCUGAUGGUAUUUUUGAAAAACAACUCCUGGACCUCAAUUGGAUUCAACUAUCUGAUAGCUUGCUGGGCUAUUCAAAUUACCAUCCUGUUUAGAGGAUUCUGGCUGAACGUUUGUGAGCACUAUCACGACGAAAAUCACAAAUGGACUAACAUUAAGCUCACAAUUUAAGAACUAAUCUUAGCUGAUUUUGGAGCAGGCGCAGUCUUGAUAUCCUUUGGAGCUAUCCUCGGUAAAUGUAGUCUGUUCUAGCUCUGGGCAAUGGCUACAAUAGAGUGCUUUUUCUAUGCUCUCAAUGAGAGUAUUUGUGUAGACAUCUUUGGUGUCUCAGAUAUUGGAGGAAGCAUGACUAUUCACACCUUUGGCGCUUACUUUGGGCUCUCUGUAGCUCUUUUCUAUCAGCCAAAACUAGCAAUUAGGGAUAAGAAUGGGAUUGGUGUUGGUAACUACCUCUCAGAUUUGAUCUCUAUGAUUGGAACUCUCUUCUUGUUCGCCUUCUGGCCAUCUUUCAAUGCUGCACUAGGAACCACUGGCUCUCAAUAAUAGAGAACUGUAAUCAAUACCUACUUAAGCAUUUCGAGCAGUGUAAUCGCCUCAAUUAUUUCCUCUAAGAUAAUUCAUCAUGGAAAAUUAGAGAUGGAAAUUGUACUAAAUGCAUCGAUUGCUGGAGGAGUGGCCAUCGGAGCUACUGCAGAUAUGAUAGUACUGCCAUUUGGUUCUAUGGUUGUUGGAUUUAUAGCAGGCACAAUCUCAUCAUUUGGCUUCGCUUAUUUGUCUGCCAUCCUUAAAAAGGCAAUAAAUCUUCAUGAUACUUGCGGUGUUCAUAAUUUGCAUGGUAUGCCAGGAGUUAUUGGUGGACUUACUUCUGCUAUUAUUGCCUCUAGAGGUGGAGAUAAUUUUGGGGCUAACUAUGGCAAUCAAUUCGUAGUUGCAACUAGAUCCCCAUCAGAAUAGGCAGGAUAUCAGCUAGCAUCACUAGCUCUUACAUUGGGUAUUGCAAUUACCACAGGUCUUUUUACAGGAUUUGUAACCUCAAGAUAAUGGUUCUAGCCUCCAUCAGAAGACUACUUAUUCGAUGACAGAUUCAGUUGGGAAAACUGCGAGAUUGAGCACGAAUAGAUGGCUGUAUUACAGAAGUAGAUGACCUAGUCUCAGUCUAAACUUAUCAACAAUACAAACACUGCACAUAAAACUGAUCAAUUAGAAGAUUAUGAUGAUCACAACAUCCACAGUCGUAAUUAAAUAAACAGUUGA